AAUAUAAAAUGAUGAAAAAUAAUGAAAAAUAAUGAAAAAUAAUAAAAAAUAAUAAAAAAUAAUGAAAAAUAAUAAAAAAUAAUAAAAAAUAAUAAAAAAAUCACAUACAAACUAUUACAUUCUCAAUCAGCACAUUUAUAAUGGAAAACAAACUAAUCUUAUACCCAUUUUCAAAAAGAUUCAGCUCAUAUUUACAAGCAAGAGAUUAUGUUAAAUUCGACUACUCUUAUUUAAAUAAUUGCAUAUUCAUCGAAAAAUCUCACAACCAAUCGUUCACCAUCAAAUACUUUUCCUGCUCUUACUCAGUUAAAAAAAACCACAAUUGCAAUGUUCAAAUCAAAAUUUUUCUAAACCAAAAAAAUGGCUACUAUUAUCUCAUAACUAUCAAUAAUAAAAACGUUCAUAAUCAUCCUUUAAACCAAAAUGAUUUGAAAGUUAUCUUAUUAAAUUACAAUUACCAUAAUAACAUUAACAUUAACAAUCAUUAUAAUUACAACAACCACAUCAAUAUUACUAAUAAUAAUAAUAAUAAUGAUAAUGAUAAUGGCAAUAAUGACGAUAACAACAAUAACAAUAAUAGCGAUAUAAAUCAAAUUAAUGAUCUUCAAUUUUUCUUGGAUCAGAAUUAUAUCUCUUUCUUAUUAUCCUCUUUUCUAAAUUUAAAUCCAAUCUCCAUUUUAAAUGAUAUCAAUAACACCAAUCAAGAUAAUAAUAAUAACAAUAAUAAUAAUAAUAAUAAUGAUAAAAUUUCACUAUCUCAUAUAAUCUCUUUCAUUGACCACUUUAAAUCAAACAACUACCACAAUUUACCCUUGUUAAAGCAGCUUUGUUUCAAAUACUUUUACAACUUGUCAUAUUUCGAAGAAAAGACCAUUCUAAUCCAACAAAAUCUAUUGAACAACAUCAACAUCAAUAACAUCAACAACGCCAUCAACAAUAGCAUAAUAAUCCACAAUAAUUCCCUAAACAACCUAAACAGUUCAACCCAUUCAAGAAACUCUUCAACAACUUCUCUUCCUCACACUUACUCUCUCGAAUCCCCAAACCUAUCCAACUCCAACCCAAUCAACCCAAUCGAAUCCUCUUUUCCUCUUCGAAAUAUAGACUUGAACACAAACAACAGUCUCUUUGCUUCAAACAGCAAUCAAAACCAAUUUUCCAACGUAAAUACCUUCAGCAACAACAGCCAAAAUAACCUUAACAACACAUUCAACAACUACGACUUUUCCCAUCUAUAGCCUCUUUCUCUCGUUGCCAAUUAAAUCCAUUCUUCUUAUAUAACCUUUUCUUUAUUCUCAAACCAAUUCUGUUCACUUCUGUUCAUUUCUUAUGUAUAUAUUGCCAUUGUUUUCCAUUCCCAUUCCCACUUCGUCUCUUCUUCUCCUUCCUCAUCUU